AUCCGUCCACUAGUAAAACCCUUGCUAGUGAGUGUAAUGUCUGAUAAGACGAAUGAUGAAUACUCGUAAAAUUUAAAAAUAAAAAAAAUAAAUAUAAAAAUAAAUAAAAAACAGACAAAGUACCUAUAUUCAUUCUAUAAUAAAUUUAUUUGACAUUUAAAAAAAAAAAAAAAAAAAGAAACUAAAUUACUGUCAAAUUGAAUCGACUUUUUCUCAUAAAAAAAAAAGAAAGUUAAAUAUUUUUUUAUUUAUUAACAAUAGUGUCUAGUGUUGACAAUAAUAAAAUUAAUUAAUUAAAUUUUUAAAUAUAAAAUUUGCCUGGCAAAUAUUGGAUGCCUAACGAGAGAGACAUUGUGACGGAAUUUUUUUUUUUUUUUUUUUUUAAAACAAGAUUAAUACAUAUACACACACAUAUAUGUACACAUAUACAUGAAAAAAAUUAAAAUUAAAUGUGUAUUUAUUGAUAUUAUUGUUAUUUACUACGAGGAAUUUUUUAAGUUGUAUUUAUUUGGUGAAAAACCUUGAUCAACAGUCUGACAUAUUUUUGACAAAAUUAUAUUACAUGAUAUUCUUUUGUUGAAUUUAAAUUUAAAAAAAAAAAAAGGUGUGUGUUUGCGUGUGUAUGUGAUUUUAUGGGAGAGGUGAUUUUUAUAUAGAGAGUUGAAAAAUAUACAUAUCAUAUAUUUGUUUAUAAUAAUUAUUUUAAAUAUUGGAAGAAAAAUAUUUAUUAUUUUUUAAAGUGACAUGGAGGCGGUUGCAAAACAUGAUUUUACAGCCACGGCUGAGGAUGAAUUGAGUUUUCGUAGAACUCAAGUAUUAAAGAUUCUCAAUAUGGAGGAUGAUAUGAAUUGGUACAGAGCUGAAUUGGAUUCACGAGAAGGUCUUAUACCAAGUAAUUAUAUAGAAAUGAAAAAUCACGAUUGGUAUUAUGGAAGAAUAACAAGAGCAGAUGCUGAAAGACUUUUAUCAAAUAAACAUGAAGGUGCUUUUCUCAUAAGAAUUAGUGAAAGUUCACCUGGUGAUUUUUCACUAUCUGUCAAAUGUUCAGAUGGUGUACAACACUUUAAAGUAUUACGUGAUGCACAAGGAAAAUUUUUUUUGUGGGUUGUUAAAUUCAGUAGCCUUAAUGAAUUAGUUGAGUAUCAUCGUACAGCAUCAGUGUCUCGUUCACAAGACGUUAAACUUCGUGAUAUGGUACCAGAAGAGUGUCUGGUACAAGCAUUGUAUGAUUUUACACCACAAGAACCAGGUGAAUUGGAGUUUAGACGAGGUGAUGUUAUCACUGUUACAGAUCGUACUGAUCAACAUUGGUGGCAUGGUGAGAUUGGCAGUAAACGAGGAUUAUUUCCAUCAACUUAUGUUACGCCUUAUCACUCUUAGACAUUUUUCAAUGAUUAUCAAGGAUCACGUUCGCCACAAUGCUCCUUUCAACAUUCACGUGUACAGAAUGAUAACAACUAUUUUAUUUUUUCAAAUUUAUUAUUUCUCUCAACAAACACCACGUUUUUUGUAGGUAACUUUUGUCUUGAUAUUUUAUUUUUUUUUUUGUUUGCUCAUUGUGUGGGCUACCCUGGAUGUAUUUUGGCGGAUUGAGUAUCAUUUUUAUUUAUAUAUAUUUUUAUUUUACUCUUCUCUGCUUGUUUUUUUUUUGUUCGCCAUUCAGUUGCCAUUUCAAUUUUUUUUUUUUAUAUAUAUUACUGUCAGAAAUAUCAUCACAGUGUUUGAUAUUAUAUAUAUAUAUAUAUAUAUAUUAUUUUUUUUUUCUGUACUUUUGCAUUACUGCUUCUAAAAAUUAAUCUACAAUUUUUUUUUAUUUUUUUUUUUCUAUAUUGUACAGUGAAUAAUACAUUUGUUUGUCUGCCAACGUAUAUUUAUGAAUAUAUAAAAAAGAUUUUUGUACUUUUUUAAAAACACAUUGAUACAAAAUUUUGAUGUUAAUUUACAAUUAAUUAAUAUUGAGUUAAAAUAUAUUUAAAAAAAAGCUAUUUUUAUUAAUUUGAUUAAUUGAAUUUUUAAUUUAUUUAUUGCUUAUUUGUAGCCCACAUUGAGCUGUAUUUUUUCUUCCAAUUAUUUAUCAAUAUUAUUAUUUUUUUAAUGUGCUAUUUGAAAAAGAGAUUCUAGACCAGUAAGAGGC